AUGGACCAAUCGGAGAAGCUCAAGUUGAGGCAAGAGAAACUUGCCAAAUGGAAGAAACAGAAACAAGAGCAAUCACAACAGCAGCCGCCUCCACAACAAGCGAAGGAUGGAUCUCUAGCGAAUGAACGGCUUAAGCGAUUGGAAGCUUGGAAAAAGAAGAAAGAGAAAGAGAAGGAGAAACAGGUCCAUCAAAUUAAGAAGAAUGCGCCAGAUCAAAGCCAAAGCUCUACAUCGAAAUCUAAGAAAAAGACCAGGAAUUCUAAGAAGCGUUCUGCUUUUGGGCUAAGCGACGAUGAAUCCAACGACGAAUUACCCAUACCAAAGAUAUUCAAACCCAAUGAUGACGAAGUCGAACAGGAAGUAUCAACUAAUGAAACUGGAGAUAUUGAGUCUGAUUCUGACCCGUUAGAAGAGUAUAUACAACAAUUGAAUAAACGGAACAAUGGACAAUCAACAGCGAUAAGCAUACCUAUAGAAGAGGAUGGAUCGGAUACACCAUCUUCAGUGGAGGAAGAUGAGGAAAGCGAUGAUGAUAAUAAUUUUGGAGAGUUUUCUUCGCUGAAUAAAAACAAGAAAAGAAUUAAACCAAUUGACUAUUCUCAAGUAUCUGAUUUAAUUGUGUUGAAUAAGAGUUUAUAUCGAGAACCAAAUGAACUAAGCAUGAUGUCAGAAAAGGAGGUAGGAGAGCUCCGAAUGUCGAUGGACAAUAUAAAGGUCUAUGGAAAAGACUGUCCUAAACCUGUUACGAAAUGGUCACAACUUGGCCUUUCUUCAGACAUUAUGGAGCUUAUAACGGAAGAAUUACAGUUUGUGACGUUAACACCAAUUCAAAGCCAAGCAAUUCCUGCGAUUAUGUUAGGACGGGAUGUGAUUGGUAUUUCGAAAACUGGUUCAGGGAAAACUAUUGCCUUCUUGCUUCCGUUAGUGCGACAGAUUAAGGCACAGCCUCCGUUAAGGCCUGGAGAAACUGGUCCCAUAGGAUUAAUAUUGACUCCAACGAGAGAAUUGGCUGUACAAAUUCAAGAAGAGAUGUUAAAAUUCUCAAAGGGAUCUAACAUCAGUAGCAUAUGUUGUGUCGGAGGAUCUGAGUUGAAGCAACAAAUAGCCCAGGUGAAAAAAGGCGUUGACGUUAUUGUAGCAACCCCAGGGAGAUUUAUAGACCUAAUGACCUUGAACUCAGGACACUUGCUUUCACCAACCCGUAUCUCAUUUGUUGUCAUGGAUGAAGCCGACAGAUUAUUUGACCUUGGGUUUGGGCCUCAAGUUAAACAAAUAAUGGGUUGUAUCAGACCCGAUAAGCAAUGUGUUUUGUUUAGCGCCACAUUCCCAACCAAACUAAAAAAGUUUGCUUCUCAUACGCUAAAUGACCCAAUUCAGAUUUCAAUUAAUUCCAAAUCUUUAAUAAACGACAAUAUCGAACAGCGGGUCCAAAUAUUCGACGAAGAACAUGUCAAAUUCGAGUUCUUACUAAAGAAACUCUCUGACAGAUUUAUUUUACACCAAGACGAGGAUGAAAAGACCAUAAUCUUUGUUUCUAGCCAGCAAUUAUGCGAUUUGCUGUAUGACGAACUUUUGCUCAACGGAAUUACUACAUUCGCAAUCCAUGCAGGUAAACCAUCGGCCGAAAGAUUACAGAACUUACAAAAGUUCAAAGAUACUCCGAAUGGUAUUUUGAUAUGUACAGAAGUCUUAUCGAGAGGAUUAAAUGUCCCGGAGGUGUCCCUAGUCAUAGUAUACAAUGCUGCCAAAACUGUUGCACAGUAUGUACAUACUGUCGGAAGGACUGGUCGCGGCAUAAACAAUGGUGUAGCUUUGACAUUCCUUAUGGUUGAUGAACUAGCUUCAGCUUAUAUUCUAGUGAAGUGCAUGAAAGAAAAAGAGCUAAGCUCUUUGCCAAUGGAAGUUUACCAGAAGCUCAAGGAGAUGAACGAUGAGUUUUCGAAGGGAUUAAAGACAGGGAAAUAUAGACUUAUUCAAGGUUUUGGUGGAAAAGGGUUAGAACAUUUAGACGAAUUGAAUGAGUCUAAACACUCCCAAGAAUUACGCGAAUAUAGUGCUGAACAAAAUGAUGAAGAUGAUACACAACAAGAAGAUCGUACAUUAACUAAACUAGAAUAUGUCAGAGGUAAGAAGGAAGAAGGCAAUAACGUGACAUACUACGCACAUAUCAACAUAAAUGACCUUCCUCAACUCGCAAGAUGGGAGGCUACUAAGACAGAGACAAUAUCUAGUAUAAAACAAGAAACGGGCUGUAACUUCGAAAAUAAAGGUAGAUUUUAUCCAGAAGGGCAUGCACCACAAUCAGAUGCGGAUGAACCUAAAUUAACCCUAAUUGUAGAGAGUAAUAACGAAACAGAUAUUUCACUAGCGUUGGAGCUAUUAGAGGUAAAAGUUAAAGAAGGUGUACAUAAGAUGGCCAUUAAAGACAUGCAAUCCGGUAAAUAUCGUAUAUAA